GCGCCGGCGGGGGGGCCGCACUCGCGCCGCCGCCAUGAGGGAGCGGAGGCCGCCGCCGCCCGCCCCGGCCCGCUGCAAGCUGGUGCUGGUGGGCGACGUGCAGUGCGGCAAGACGGCCAUGCUCCAGGUGCUGGCCAAGGACUGCUACCCCGAGACGUACGUGCCCACCGUGUUUGAGAACUACACGGCGUGCCUGGCCAGCGAGGAGCAGCGCGUGGAGCUCAGCCUCUGGGACACCUCCGGCUCUCCCUACUACGACAACGUGCGUCCCCUUUGCUACAGCGAUUCGGAUGCUGUGCUGCUCUGCUUCGACAUUAGCCGCCCUGAGACCCUGGAUAGCGCAUCCAAGAAGUGGAAGACCGAGAUCCUGGACUACUGCCCCAACACCCGGGUGCUGCUCAUUGGCUGCAAGACGGACCUGCGGACGGACCUGAGCACCCUCAUGGAGCUCUCCCACCAAAAGCAGGCGCCCAUCUCCUAUGAGCAGGGCUGCGCCGCGGCCAAGCAGCUGGGAGCCGAGAGCUACCUGGAGUGCUCAGCCUUCACGUCGGAGAAGAGCGUGCACAGCAUCUUCCGGACCGUGUCCGGCAUCUGCCUGAGCAGACCCAGCCUGCAGCCCCCCAGGAGCCCUGCGCGCAGCCUCUCCAAGCGGCUCUUGCACCUGCCCAGCCGCUCUGAGCUCAUCUCCUCCGCCUUCAAGAAGGAGAAGGCGAAAAGCUGCUCUGUCAUGUGA